AUGGCAUCUGUAGAUUUGCGAGAUGCCUACUAUUCAGUGCCCAUACAUGUGGAACACCAAAAAUAUCUGAAAUUCUACUGGAAUGGAAAGCUGUUUCAAUUUGUCUGUUUGCCCAAUGGCCUUUCCUGUGCCCCUAGAUUGUUUACAAAGAUCCUAAAACCAAUUUAUGCAACCCUUAGACAAAAAGGGCACUUGAGUGUAGGAUAUAUUGAUGACUCCUACCUACAGGGGGAAACGGUAGAAGAUUGCAAGGCUAACAUUGCUAACACAUGUGAUUUAUUUACUAAGUUAGGGUUUAUUGUUCACUCAACUAAAUCAGUAUUAGAACAAACACAGAUUUUGAUAUUUCUGGGAUUUACCCUUAACUCUGUGACAAUGACAGUGAGUUUAACCCCUGAAAAGAUCAYCAACAUUGAGAAUAAGUGCCUCAGAUUGCUAAGUAGUGAGAACAUCACUAUUCAAGAGCUAGCAGGAGUUAUUGGUCUGUUGGUAUCUAGUUUUCCUGGGGUUUUGCAUAGCCCUCUUUUUUAUAGAAACCUUGAAUCUGAUAAGACUAAAGCCCUUAAGGAGAACAAAGGAAAUUACCUGUGUCAUUUAAAGUUAUCAGAUGAAAGUAAGCUAGAACUACAGUGGUGGUGUGACAACAUAAGAAAUGUGGAUUACCCCAUUUGUAUACCUAAUUCUGAGUGUAACAACAUGUACACUGAUGCAUCCAACUUAGGGUGGGGUGCAGUAAUGGGUUCUAACAGAACAGGAGGCAGGUGGAAUGAGAGUGAGUCAAACAAACACAUUAAUUGCCUCGAGUUAACAGCUGUACUCUAUGGUUUGAAAUCUUUUUGUAGUAAUCUACACUCAACACAUAUUCGCAUUUAUUCUGAUAAUACCACUACUGUUAACUAUAUUAACGCAAUGGGGGGGACACACUCCAUGGAUUGUAAUGGUGUUACAAAAGCCAUUUGGCUGUUUUGCAUGGAAAGGAAAAUUUGGUUGUCAUGUGCCCAUAUUCCAGGGAAAGACAAUAUACGUGCAGACAAAGAGUCUAGAGUAUUUAAUGACAACAAGGAGUGGAUGCUGUUCCCAAACAUUUUUCAACAAAUAACCAAAAUAUGUGGAGAGCCUUCUAUUGAUUUAUUUGCGUCAAGACUAAACAAGCAAGUUCCUUGUUUCGUGUCUUGGAAAUCUGAUCCAGAGGCAACUUUUGUGGAUGCUUUCUCAAUAAGUUGGAAUAACCAAUUUUUCUAUGCUUUCCCUCCAUUUAGUUUAAUAUCUCGUUGCCUGCAGAAGAUACAGAUGGAGGAGUCCGAAGGCAUUCUAAUAGUUCCCAUGUGGGCAACCCAACCAUGGUAUUCUCAGCUGUUACACAUGUUAACAGCUGUACCAAGGACUCUACCAAACCAAGUAAAAACUCUACAAAUGCCAGGAAAGWAGGACAUAACACACCCACYUAUYAAGAAAAUGAUACUGAUGGCCUGCAGACUAUCAGGAGAUCCCUUGAAACACAGGGCAUUUCUAAAAGAGCUGGAGACAUCAUACUGCAGUCCUGGAGGAAAGGGACCAAAAAACA